CCUGACAAUCACGUGUUCUCCUCUCUUCGAAUCCCUCAAAACCCUCUCUUUCUCUCUUUCUUUGCUCUCCUCACUCUUCUUCUUGUUUUCUCUCUUUCCCAUUUUUUUUCCCCUGAAAAAAGGGCUCAAGAAUUUGCCGGAGGAAGGACCCAUUUCUGGGGGAGCUGUUUUGACUCCCCAGAUCUGCCUCUCGAAGGAAAAUGGGUUUACUUUCACGCAAGUUAGCCCCUGCAUGUGAGAGUAUGUGCAUAUGCUGUCCUGCUUUGAGGUCCCGAUCUCGGCAACCUGUUAAGCGAUACAAGAAGUUGUUGGCUGACAUUUUCCCCAAAUCACCAGAUGGCUCUGCAAAUGGAAGGAAAAUCAUGAAACUAUGUGAAUAUGCAGCAAAAAACCCCUUCCGCAUCCCAAAGAUUGCAAAGUGUCUUGAAGAAAGGUGCUACAAGGAGCUGCGUAGUGGACACACAGAAUCAGUCAAUGUUAUUGCAGAUGUUUACAAUCAGUUGCUUUGCAUGUGUAAAGAAAAAAUGGCAUGUUUUGCGAACAAUCUGUUGAAUAAUGUUGUUGAAAUGCUGGAUUCUGCCAAGACAGAUGCCAUCAAGAUCAUCGGUUGCCUGACCUUUACUAAGUUUAUCUACAGUCAGGUGAUGUGUGUGCAAUCUGUUCAUCUUUGAAUUGCUGGAAUAUUGUGUAUUUAGACGGAUGCAUUCUAGUUAGAAUUCAUUUUGGGGGAAUAAGUCUCUGUACCAUAAUGUCCAAAGCCUGACACAAACAUACAUUGGUUAAAAUGGAAUUGAUGUGUGUCUUGGAGGAAUGCGAGAUACCUAAGAAAACUAUUUACACGUU